UAAAUGAGUACGGCCGGAAAAUGGGGCUCGGAAACAAUCUGACUCUGAUCAUCCGAAUAUGGCUGGCUGUAAUUAUCUUCCAGUACGGUCACAGCGAGAAUGUCGAGCCGAGGGCACUAGAAUUAUCAGUACCAUGGCGACCGAUACCGUAUCAUGUGCCCCAGCAGCAACCACAACAAUCGCAGCAACUGAUCAGUGUUGCCAGCUUCGACACGACGAGCAAGGACGAACUGGUUCAUAUCGCACAGCACAAUGCGCAGAUCCUGAAGCAGUUCAACCAACCGAUCGCCCAGUACAGCCAACAUCCGCAGGGUGGCAUGAAGGUGCAAAUCACGACACACCAACAAGCACCUGGACCGAGUCCAGCGGCUUCUGCGCAACAGCACCAUCAGCAGCAUCAUCAUCAUCACCAUCAGCAUUCGCCGCAAGGCGUACCGUCCUUUGGACACACACCGGCAGGACCACCGAAGUACAUGACGACACCCCUGCUGCAAACGAUCUAUCCGGCAGGGCCACACAAACAGCAACAAUCGCCACCACAAUCGAAACCGUUUGUUAAGUCGGAUCAAAUCACCACACUCAACAUGGUGCACAGUUCGACACCGAAGAUCACGGCCGCCAUCUCGACACACGGUGCGGUUGGUGUAAAGUCGGGGAAAUUCAACGGACAGUUUAGGGACGUACAACCAACGAACCAAAAAUCGACACUUAAACCUCAUCCGGUUAUGAACAAACUUCAAUCCCACCUCGGAAUCACCGGCUUCCGACCGAAGCAACCGAUCGCUACCAGUUCGAAUCGAUUGGAGCAUUUCAUCAACCCGAAUCACCUGUACGGCACCUACAUCCAAUUCGGACAGUCACCCGCACUCAGUCCAGCCUCUUUACCACCCACCAAAACGAAGUUCCUUAGCCAGUUAGGCUCUGGUGGAGUGCCAACCUUCGACUCGCAAACGCUCAAGAGCUUUUUCAAUGCUCCCGGCUACACACCAAGCGUGGGCCAGUUCAAAAAGCUUAACUUUAUCCAGCAACAGCAACAGUUGCAACCAGGAAACGGUGCCAAGUUCUCUUUCCCACACUUCAACCAAAUUCCUGCUGAUUUAGCAGAAUUCCCCAAAAAAUACGUUACACCUUCAUCCGCGGAAAAGGAACUCACCAAGACGGCAGCAGGUGGACUCGACUCAACACCAUUGUUCCCGCAUCUUCCACCGAGCGUGUUGACACCGUUUUUCCAGCAAGUUCAGCAGCAACAGCAGCAGCACAGUUCUUCGUCCGGCUUUAUCUCCGGUAACAAAUAUAACAAUUUUAACCUGAAAACACAACACCCGGCCCCUCCGGUUUCUUCGCAGUCUGGCUCUGCGGGUGGAUCCUCUACGAAGCACAGCUUCUCGCAGGGACAGUUCCAAUCUGAACGAGAAUCACUCAGUAACUUCGGUAGUCAAGUGUUCGGUGGUGGUGCGUUCAGUGCCUACAGCACCCAGCAACCUCUUCCGAUCGAGCAUAAACCGUACGAGAUCGUUAAGUUUAAGGAAUCGCCCGGUAAGCAACUAUCAACCAAGUUCAACGAGGUACAGGAUGAGUACAGCAAAAAUCUGGUCCCUCCGCCACCGAGCACUCAGCAGGCAUUCUUGCCGACCGUACUGAAUCACCUUUCGGAAUCAUCUCCGAGCAAAGAUCCGAUUGAGAUUCUGAACAAAUACAACAUCAAUCCUCACUCACCACUUCAGGACGCGAAUCGGUUUAGUUACGAAUUCCCACGGCCAACUCCCGUCUCACAUGCGUCUUCCACUGGACCUGCGCCGACAACUGUUAGUACUACUACCACUACUACUCAAUUCCCAACGGCGACGACCCUACCGAGACAGCAGUAUUACCAGCACCAUUACAACCAGUAUCAGUUCCCGGGAGAGCAAAGCUUCCAUAAUCAUCAGUCUUCCUCGCCUGUCCUGGUGACACCACUAAACGAACUUAGCGAUAACGGAUGGUUCAACAGGGAGAAAUACCUUACGACGGAAAAGCCGAAUGUCUUCAAGAAUCUCUUCCGACCGGUUGAGAGUGAAUACAAGCAGCACAAACUGAUGCAUCCAGCGUAUACUGGACUGCCACCAAACCGACGUCCGUCGGCAGCACCGUCCUCAACCACAACAUCAACCUCUGCUAGUGCCGGCUCCACUACAAACUCUCCGUGGGAUCAAUCGACCGAAGAGCCCAUCAUUACGCAUAGCUUCUUCACGAUCGAGGACGCGAUCGCUGACCCAACACUUAUCCCACCCAAGUCCAAGAACAAGUACAAGUACACGACGGAUGCGGAGGAGGAAAAUCGCCAGGAUGAUCUGCAGUUAGAAAUAGUAACCAUUGGACCAUUCUUUGGCUCGGAAGAGUCUCCCAUCCAACAGGUAGUAACGACAACCGUACCGAGUAGAGCACCUGGUUCGAAGGGAGGUAAUGGACAGCAACAUCGCCGACGACGUCCCAAACCGCAUCACCAGAGCAGUACUACAACCGAAUACACCACCGAGAUGGAUUCGACAGAAUCAACCACAAACGCCAUCAGUCCGAGCGUAAACACGGUUUCGGAUAGCCGGAACCGAAACAGGAUUCGCUUCCGUCCAAAGCCCAUUACCACUGUUACUCCACCUCCGAACGCUGCAAUCGUGGAGACGGAAGCGGUUACCACAAUCCCUCCCACUCCACCGCCACUACCAACGUUCGUUUCUAGUGAAGAGUUUGAUGGAGCGGUCAUUAAAAAGUUCCGCAAGAAGCCUCAUUUCACUCGGAAUCGCUUUAAUGUGCUUAACCAGCGAGAAGAGGAGAAAAACGUUAUUCUCGACCAAACGGAACCCUCACUAGCGACACCAACUUUAACUACGGUGGCAUCAACCAGCACAUCAACGUCUGCCGCAGCAGUUAGUAUACCUGUGGAAGCAUCACCUUCAGUUCCAGCGAUUGGUGGAGGUUUCCGGUCACGCUAUCGGCCAGCUCCUCAGCAAAAGGGCAAAGAUUCUCAGGAGGACACGCAACCAAUCUCCGGAGAUGGAUUGAAAUUGAACUCCCGUUUACCGAGUCGACUUCCUCCAACCGCGUCGUCUACUUUGGCCACAUCAACUGAUCUGUCGGCAGUGUCUUUAUUCAACUCGGACGAAUCGAACAUAAACUCAUCAGAGCCUCAGAACCGUACUCGUGGUGGAGAACACAACCGACCACGCUUCAGCAUCAAGGAGUACCGAAACAAAUUGAAUCGUACUGCAGCUAGUACGGCAGGUCCUACGAGCACGGUAGCGUCUCCGGUCGGUGAUCUCGAAACGACAACCGCUCCAAAACUUCGCUUCCCUACACGCAAUCGAUUCUUGGUGAACGCACGUCUCAAUAAGACGGUAGAAUCAAACGACGUCCUACCGACGGGAACCGGUGGUGUCACAACGGAAAAAUCAGCCAACGAAACGACGACUAGAAGCUCAUUCAGACCGCACGGUACGCGCACUUACAAUCGAUUUACGGUGAAGAAACCGUCCACGGAAACUCCUCAGACGGCUACGAACGCUGGAACGCGAGCACAAUCCACAAACGGUAGCAACCUGGCGACACGCGGGCGUACCAAAGUAGCUUACGAUCAGGCUGUGGCUGCCAAUCGUACGCUUGCCGGAACCUACAACACUACGGCAUCACUGAUCAACCGACGACCGCCGAAGAUCACGCUCAGGCAGCGCAUUCAGAACUACAACCGUAAAAAGGAGAUUGAACAGGCCAGUACAGCUACCGGCCCAGCGACUGAUGAGAAGCGCGAAGAGGUAGCAGACAUUCCCUCGGUCGAUCAAAACAGUGUCCUGGCGUCGUCCUCAGGUGAACAAAAUCGUCCGAUCGAUGAUCUUGGUACGCUUGGCGAUCGGUUCGAAUCGUCCAACGGAGUGGCUUCCGAUGAUGUGACGACACGAUCGAGCAGUACGACCGAAAGCUACCGUCAUCACGAAACGGCCAUCAUGAAGAUAUCCCCCAAGGAUCCCAACAGUGCCACUGGAGCGUCUAACGGAGAUGAUUACGACCUCAACAGUGCGUCGUCCGACUAUUCGAAACGCGUCGUCGAACUGACACUGUCCGGCACGGGCAGUAAGGAUCGGGGUAGUUUCAAGUCCGUCAACAAGGGUCUACUAUCACGCAAGGUGCCAGGAUACUUUACGCUCGCCACAGAAGAUCCAAUCUUACCGAUUGAGGCGUUUUUCCCGCAGGUAAAGAAACCUAGCGGAGGACUAGCGUGA